CUGACCAACAAGGCUUAUCACUGCUAGGCUGCAUGGACCACUGCAGCAUUGGCUUGGCAUUGAAUUAAUUGGGGGUGGGGGCAGUGUUUCUUCUCUCCUUCUGCAGCUCGCUGUCAACUGCUGUGCCAGCCAAACACGGAGCAAAGUGGAAAACACACUCGACUGAGCUCUAGGACGUUGUGUCAAGGAUGUUUCUGAGGUCUGAAGCUGACAUUUCCAGGAUCAUGAUUAAGUUUGCUUUUGGAUGUAAGGAAAACAUUGACGCAAUUGCAUCCUACACAGGAUAACGGACUGGCGACCGGGGAAAUUUCGCUACCAUCACUAUAUUUCGGAAGACAACUAAUUGUUAGGAGUGACCAAGUGGAGCGAAUUUACAGCAAACCAAGCCACCUUAAAAGGAUAAUACAAGCAAGUUGCUGGACUUCAACUCGUGAUCGAUCUAACGUAACGGCUCGUCGUUGCACACUUUAUCUUUUGGACAGAACAUAAGUUAGACACGCAAAAGUUGUUGGUGUGUGUGUGUAUGUCGCCACUGUUAUUUUGAAAGACAACGGCUGGUGAAAUAGCAGAAAUUCGACAUUUCUUCCAACAUCUUUGCAUCUGGAUGCCUGGUCAUUACAGAAGUGUGUCGGCCGUUUCUUGUGAACUCUCUGUUUACAUCAUCCUCUACCUCGCCUCAACAUCUACGGUGGGGUUGCGAAACGGAAAUCAAACGCCACAUGUAAUUUUGGAUACAAGUUAACACAUUCUUCCGAGUAUAUUUAUUGAACUGCAUUAAAAGAGAGUCUUGAAAAAUUAAAGGAUAGUUAGAUCAUAGAUGUUGUGGCUGAAUGAUAUUCGGGUGAAGUCCAAGGAAACGCAAGUGACAUCCCAAUGAGUGGUACACAUUCAACUCUCGCUGACAGGACCCCUAACAUUCUCAAUAAGGACCAGAUUGCUGAUAAGAAACCCAAGAAUGACAAGUCCCCCAUCUCCCUCAAGCAUGAGUUUGACCCAACAGGUAUGGUGCAGCGCUGCGUGAUCAUCCAGAGGGAUGAGAAUGGCUUUGGCCUGACAGUGAGUGGAGACAACCCGGUGUUUGUACAGAUGGUCAAAGAAGAUGGUGCUGCAAUGAGAGCAGGUGUCCAAACAGGUGACAGAAUCAUUAAGGUAAACGGGACCUUAGUGACGCAGUCCAACCACAUAGAAGUGGUCAAGCUCAUAAAAUCGGGUUCCUACGUAGCGCUGACACUUUUGGGCCAGCCCCCAGGGCUCAGUGAGGCCCUGCAAGAGGAAGAGGAGCAGGAGGAGGAGGAGGGAGUGGUUGAGAAGGAGGAGGAGGGGGAGCUACAGAAGUCAGAGGGACGGGAAGGAGACGGGCCCCUCUCGACGCCCCUCGUUCAGCCCCCAAUACUGGAGCAGGGGGGCCCUUUGACCGAUGACAUCAUGAACAGUAGCCCCCAGCAGCAGCAGCACAUUAAUGGCCCACCCACUCCUCUCCGGAGCAACAUCCUGGUUGGUCAGAAUGAAGAUGGGGACGCCGUGCUGUCGGAGUGGCAGAUGAAACGCUCGUCCCCAUUGAACGACAAGCUCUGGUCGUCAGCGGGCGGUCAAUUCGUGACGGGAAGCCCCCUCCCAGUUUACCCUAGCCAAAGUGACACGCCCUGCCACAACCCAAAGACGAACCUUGACGAUAGCCCCCACUUCAGUCCCUCUCCAGACCAAGAUGACCCCUACCCUCUGAACCCUGGCCCCCAGUGCAUCAUGGGAACACCACCAUCUCCAGCCCACCCUCCCAUCAUCGGGGCGGAGGAUGACUACUUUGACACGCAACAGGAACAGAUAAAUGGCCAGUGCAGCUGUUUCCAAAGCAUGGAGUCGUUGAAAUCCAGACCAGCACACCUUGCCGCCUUCCUCCACCACGUGGUCUCACAGUUUGACCCUGCACCUCUGUUGUGCUACCUGUACGCUGACCUUCACCAGCAGACCCGCUCCAAGGAGAGCAGACGUAUCUUCAUGGACCUCCACUCCCUCUUCCUCGACCCCACCGCAAAUCUUAAAGUACAUGUCCCAGAAUCUGUGUCAGUAGAACUGGACCGACGGCGGUUAGAGUUGAUCCCUGACGAGCUCUGUAAACAGUACACCCAGCUCUUACAGGAAGCACUCCUACCCGACAUCCACAAAAACUUGGAGGACUUUCGGCAGAAGCGAAGCAUGGGUCUGACAUUGGCGGACGCGGAGCUGAGCCGGCUGGAGUUGGAGCGGGAGCGGGGCCACCCGGCCCCCGACAGAGAGUGCACGUGUGCCGAGCACAUCGUCUCCAAGAUAGAGGACAUCUUGGUGGCACCACAUCCCGCAGAAGAAGAGAAGUGUGCAACAAUGCAGUAUGUCAUGCUGGCUUACCUGAAGCACCUCGGAGUGAAGAUCAAGGAGCCGCGCAGCCUGGAACCAAAACGCAUCCGCAUCAACUUCCUUCCCAAGAUCAAGUUACAGAGCAAGAGUAGCAAGUCAGAGAAGGAGGGGGAGGAGAAGGUGAAAAGGCCUCGGUUUCACAACAUCCUCGGCCAGCCACGCAGGCCCAGCCGAGUGGACUCCACCUACGUCUCCAAAGCGAUGGAGCUUAACAAACAGCGAUCCCCGAAGCCACUACCCCAGCCGCCCCUCAGCAGCAUUAUCCCAGAGCAUCAAGACCCCCCCAUCCCAUCCGGCUCCCGUAUCCGUGGCAACCAACAUGGUGAUGGACCGGAUGCGGGUCCCCAGCUCUUUCCCGGUGCCGUCCCCCCUCCUCUGCUCCACAGCGUCUCAUCCAAUCAGUCGUCGGAAAGCUGUGGACAGGAGUCAGACUCCGCUCUCUCUCCUCUGUCCUGGGCCUCGCUGCAGAGCGACAGUGCCUGUCACUCGGGGGACCUCCAGGAGUGUCUUCCCUCGCCGGCCUCAGCCAUGCACUUUGAUUUCAGCCCUGCUACCCUUGAGCAACUACCACUGGAGGAGAACGAAGCCACUUGCUUUCCCAUGAGUCCAUGCGAGGUGCACAGCGAAGACGACCAGGCCGGUGCAGUGACCCCCAUAGAGGGCCUUGAGGACCCCCUGAACUGGCAGAGGCUGGUCACCCGCGAGGUGCUGGCCGGCCUCCCCCCUCUGGAGGUCAAGAGGCAGGAAGUCAUCAACGAGCUGCUUUACACGGAGCAGGCUCACCUCCAGAUGCUGAGGGUGCUGGACACGGUGUUCUACCAGCAGCUGAGCCGGGAUGCCUUCCUGUCCCCCGAGGACAUCCACCACAUCUUCUCCAACCUGCUGGAGGUCAUGCAGCUCCACGUGUCCAUCACGGAACAGAUGGCGACCAUACGGAGAAGGAGUGAGACAUCAGUGAUCGGCCAUAUUGGAGACGAUCUCUUGGCCUGGUUUGGCGGGGAGCAGGAGGAGAAAGUGAGGCAGGCUGUGGGCACCUUCUGCAGCAACCAGCCGUUGGCUCUGGAGAUCAUCAAGACCAGGCAGAAGAAAGAACAGCGGUUCAAUGCCUUUAUCCAGGAGGCCCAGAGCAAUCGCCUGUGCCGCCGCUUACAGCUGAAGGAUAUCAUCCCCAUAGAGAUGCAGCGGCUGACCAAAUAUCCCCUGCUUCUGGAGAGAUUAGCCAAAUACACCGAGGACUGUGAAGAGAGAGAGAAGGUGAGGAAGGCUGGGAAAUGCUGCCGGGACAUCCUCAGCCACGUUAACCAGGCCGUGAAGGAGGCUGAGGACAAACAGAGACUGGAGGAUUACCAGAGGAGGUUAGACCUGUCCUCACUGAAGCAGAGUGAGAACCCCAUGGUGCUGGAGUUCAAGAACCUGGACCUGACCAAAGGGAAGAUGGUCUACGAGGGCCCUCUGUCCUGGAAGGUCAACAAGGACAAGUCAAUAGAGCUGUUCUCCAUCCUGCUGGAGGAGGUGCUGGUGCUGCUGCAGAAGCAGGACGAGCGGCUGGUGCUGAAGGGUCAAAGCAUGAACCUGGCGGGCACCUUCAGCCCCAUCAUCAAGCUCGACAACGUGCUAGUGCGCCCCGUGGCCACCGACGCCAAGUCCUUCUUUGUGAUAUCCACGUCGGGUAACCGAGCCAUCUAUGAGCUGGCUGCGCACACCGUGUCGGAGCAGAAGACGUGGCAGCGUCUCAUCACACAGUGUGCAGAGACCAUGAAGGCCAGGCUCGCUGGGCAGCCAGCUCUUGACCUGACCCACACUGGGAGGGCCCCGGCCAGUAGGGACCCUCUCCCCUCCCUGACUGGAAGCGCACUGUCCACAGAUAAAGACAACACGUCCCCGGCUCCACGGGCCAACGCCUCGACCACCAGCACCAACCCCUUUGACAGCAUCGACUCAGACGAGGAGGAGGACGGGGAGUCGGCCCGGGUGGAAAGGGCCGAUGAGGAAGAACAACAAGAAGGCCCUCUCCGACAGCGAAAACUAGGAGACGAGGCUGAAGAGGAGGAGGAAGAUGUGGUAGACGUGGACGAGCUGGAGGCCUUCCUGGACGGAGAGAUGGUCGACCGGCUGCCGCUGCUGCGAGAGAGGUCCCGCCACGCCAUCGCCAUCGACAGCCACGAGGACACGCACCUCGCCCUAGACCAACCCCCGUGCUCCUCCAGAGCCGAAGACGCCCUGAACACACUGGCAACGCUGAAGCAGCUCCUCCUGGAGCACAUGGUCAUCGGAGAGGAGGGGCCGAAGCAGAAGGAGAAGGAGGAGGAGGAGAAGAUUGAGGAUCAGCCUGCGGAGGAGUUCCCAUACAACGCCAGGAACUCCAACUGGGAAAGGAGGGCGCCCUCUGCUGGCUGGGCUGAGGAGCCAGCGCUGCCACGUCGAGACCCUGGGCUGGUGGAGAGACCGGCAGUCAAUGGUGGCUACGUUGUCCUGGAGUCCUGCUUCCUGGGCUCAGAGGAGAGCUACACCGACGACGAUGACGACAGAGAUGGAGCUCCAGGAGACCCCGGGAUCGACCUGAGCAAGCUGCUGUCCUCCUUCUCCCAGACGGGCGAGGCGGACGGGGA